CUUCACACUGUCCAAGCACACCAUGAGGGCCUUCGCUGCAGGACUAUGGAGCUAUCGGAGUCUACUCAUCAUCAUUCUCACACCACUGUUAAUGCUGCCGCUGCCUCUGAUCAUCCAGACACAGGUGGCGCAAUGUGCCUUUACCCUGGUGCUGAUGGCGGUGUUCUGGAUGACAGAAGCAUUGCCUCUGUCUGUUACUGCCCUCACCCCAGCACUGGUGUUCCCUCUCUUCGGCAUUAUGAAGUCCUCAGAGGUUGCAACAUUAUAUUUCAAAGACUUCCACUUGCUACUGCUUGGGGUCAUUUGUCUUGCCACCUCCAUUGAGAAGUGGGGUCUCCACCGCAGAAUUGCCCUCAAGCUGGUCACCCUGGUUGGAGUCAACCCUGGCAUGUUGAUGCUGGGCUUGAUGAUGGGCUGCGGCUUUCUCUCCAUGUGGCUGAGCAACACAUCAACAGCGGCCAUGGUGAUGCCUAUAGUAGAGGCAGUGAUGCAGCAGGUGAUGAGUGCAGAAGGUCAGGUCAGCAGCCAGCAGGAGAAGGCAUCGUCUGGUAUCUGCAAUCCUGCACUCCAGUUGGAAGGUGAUACUGAAAAAGAGUAUGAAAAGGCCACGGAUAUGAAAAGCUCUGAGCCAGUAAUUAAUGAGGUGGUUCUCACUGUCCCUGAGGAGGACCAUGCCACUGAGGCUUUACCAAGUUCACCAUUAAACUCAAAGUACAGGACCCACCGAGAUCACAUGAUGUGUAAAAGCUUGUCACUGUGCAUUGCAUAUUCAGCAUCUAUUGGUGGACUGACCACUCUGCCAGGAACAUCUUCAAAUCUCAUCUUUGCUGAAUAUAUCAAUCAGUUUUACCCAGGGUGCAAGUCCAUCAACUUUGGAAAUUGGUUUAUUUUCUCCUUGCCUAUUUGCAUCAUUGUCCUACUGUCAGCUUGGAUAUGGCUACACUGGCUGUUUCUGGGUUCAGAUUUCCGCUCAUCGCUGUGCUCCAGAGGACGCCAGUCUGAGAGGGAGAAAGCCGCUGCCAAGGUCAUCAAGGAUCAGUAUGAAGCACUGGGGCCUAUGAGCCAGCAGGAGAUGAUCACCCUGGUUAUUUUCUUGCUGAUGGCGGUGCUGUGGUUCGUCAGAGAUCCUGGCUUCAUGCCAGGCUGGGCUUCUCUAUUCCCUGACUAUCCAAGCUAUGCAACUGAUGCCACCGUGGCUCUACUGCUGGGCAUUCUGUUCUUCAUCAUCCCUGCAAAAAGACCCACUGCAGAUAACUAUGAGACUAUGAUAACAUGGAAAGAGUUCCAAGCUUGUAUGCCUUGGGAGAUCUGUCUACUUGUGGGAGGAGGAUUUGCUUUAGCAGAGGGAACCAAGGUAUCUGGUUUAUCCUCCUGGGUUGCGGAAUUGAUGAGUCCAUUGGGAAAUCUACCUGUACUGGCCAUUGUCACCAUCGCCUGUAUAAUUGUCACCUCUAUCACUGAAGUAGCAAGCAACCCAGCCACCAUCACUAUUUUCCUACCUAUUCUUUCUCCUUUGGCUGAGGCUAUCAAGGUCAACCCUCUCUACAUGCUAAUACCCACAACUCUUAGUGUGUCUUUCUCCUUCUUAUUUCCUGUCUCCAACCCUCCAAAUGCCAUUGUCUUUGCCUAUGGCCAUCUUUCAAUCAUGGAUAUGGUCAAAGCUGGACUGGGCUUGAAUGUCAUAGGUGUUCUUACAGUGCUGUUAGCUGUCAGUACAUGGGGAACACCAAUCUUCGAUCUGAACACCUACCCGGACUGGGCCUCCAGCCACGGUCUAACAAACACGACUGGGAUCUGAAUUGUUAAAGUAUACUGUACAGUAUUCUGGACGAGGACCAAGAAUACUUGGAUAUUAAUGAGAACAUCAGCCACUAAAUAGUAUGAAUUAGCUGGCACUGGCCAGGUCUCAGAUAAGGAUGCAAAAGGUAUUUGUAUAUUGGCUGGCAUUUUUUCUUUCCGCCCCUUCUGUGGACUGCGGGGCACUACUGUUAUAUUUAAUAGCACACUGAAAGUGCCUAUAUUCUGUUCGUGUUUAAUAUGUACUCUGAACCCACAAUGGUUUGUGUAAAUGAGCUGAAAAGGGGUAAAUGUGUGCUGUUCUGUGUCUAAAACUAUUUUGUACAGGAGAUACUUUUUAUAACUACUACUAGAAUAAUAACUUUAUUUAUAUACGCACCUUUUAUACAUGUAGUUCAGUGAGCAAUGUUGAAUAAAAUAACUGUGAGAUCAUGAAAAUCCAUGGGGAAGUAGAUCAAAUGUAAUAAAAGAGAACGUUUGUAAAAAAGCAGGAGUCAUACAAAGUGUGCGUGUGUGUGUGUGUGUGUUGCAAGUGAAAAGUAGUCAGUUAUUUGCAUCAUACAGUAUAUGGUGUCAUUCAAUUUGUGUAAGAUUGCAUGAGCAGGUGUUUUACUAAAAAGUGAUU